ACAGCAACCCCCGAAGAAAGCCGCCUUAAAUAUCAGCUAUUCCCUCCUCCUCCUCUUUGAUAAAUCUUCCCCCCUCUUCUUUGAGUUCUUUCUGAUCACUGCAAUAUUGUCUCAGAGCAGCACUACAACCAACUCUGUUCUUGAUGUGUGCUACAACAGUGGGCACUGAAAUGGUUAUGGUGGAUGAAAUCCCUUUUCCUCCUCAGAUUACCACCACAAAGCCGUUAUCUCUGCUGGGUCAUGGAAUUACGGACAUUGAGAUACACUUUCUCCAAAUUAAGUUCACAGCAAUUGGAGUUUAUUUAGAACCCGAAAUUGUGAAGCAUCUGCAGCAAUGGAAGGGUAAACCUGGAGGUGUCCUAGCUGAAGAUGAUGACUUCUUUGACGCCCUUGCUUCUGCUCCGGUGGAGAAAUUUCUAAGAAUAGUGGUGAUUAAGGAGAUCAAGGGUUCUCAAUAUGGAGUGCAGCUAGAGAGCGCUGUGAGGGAUAGAUUGGCUGCCGAUGACAAGUAUGAAGAGGAGGAGGAGGUAGCCUUGGAAAAACUUGUUGAAUUCUUCCAGUCUGCUUAUUUCAAGAAAAAUUCCAUAAUCACAUAUCAUUUUCCAGCAACUUCUGCCACCGCCGAGAUUGUUCUUUCGACUGAAGGAAAGGAGUCAAAAAUCAAAGUGGAGAAUGCAAAUGUGGUUGAGAUGAUCAAGAAAUGGUACUUGGGAGGGACUAGAGGGGUGUCUCAGACAACCAUAUCCUCCUUAGCUAACACCCUCUCUGCCGAGUUAUCUAAAUCAUGAACAUUUUACUUUUGUUGUCUUAUUUAUGGGUCUUGUGGUGCUUUGUUUGCUGCUCUGAUCGGAACUUUGUCCAUGGAAGGCAAAAGCCGGCUCGUUAUGCUUCUGUAUCAAUAAUAUAUAUGGUAGCUACGGUUUUCAACUUAAAAAAAGUUGCUUCCAUUUUGUUCCUCAAA